AUGCUCUACAAGAUUCAGGAUAUUUCAAACUUUCUUGUUUUCCUAUUACAGCUUAGUGGGUUGCGUGACUUUGGUUUUGUGGAAGGUACUCGACGACCAUGCUCACUGAUAUCAUUAACAGCUUCAUCAUGCUCAAGCUCGAAUAAUUUAGGACGAGUGCAAGGAAGAGGUACAUGCGAAAUUGGUGGUGAUCUUUGUCGGGUGGACGAAGGUGACGAAUGGGAAAGUAUGCACGAAUCCAGUCCAACAGUCAAGUAUGCGGAAAGCACACUUCCACGUUUCCGAGCUCCACCACCGCCAGGUCUGAAUCAGUAA